GUGGCUGUUGUUUUUUAUUGUGUAAUUGUUAUCUGUGAUUAUUUUAAAUUUUUAUUUAAGUCUUGUGUACGAGUUUAUAUUAUUUAUUUAAAACUCUGAUGGCUCACAACGCAAGUUUCCCAAGAUCAGUAUUUUUUUCAGUCUCAAUUGAAGUUACAGAUUAAUAAAAAUGGACUUCAGGUCAGAUAAACCGUGUACGGCUGGACGAAUAGCCCCAACCGGUCGUUUAACUCCGUCAAUUCAUCAAUCUGUCAAUGGAAAACGGAAAGUUAUUCCUGUACCUCCGCCGAGAAUACCAACUCCUAUGCCAAUUGUUAAUAAUAAUAAACAAAGAAACAGCAGCAAUGUUCAAAUUUCUCAAAUUCCGUCCGUACAGAAAAAAGAAUCACACGGUAAUAUAGGUAAAAUAGCCAGACGUUAUCUUGACGAUAAUAUGCAACAAGUAUGGAUAAAUCCGCGAUUGAUCUCAAUGAUAAAUAUGGAAGCUGUUACAUCAACAGAUUACGAUUCAGCAAAUUUAAGCCAUAAUUUUAAUCAAAUUGGGUUCAGCACUUAUAAUUAUUCACAGUUUGAAGAAAAGUACAAGUCAACUCAGCAAAAUUCAACAAAGCUUGGAACAAUAAGUCAAACACUAUCAUCCCAGUCAAAUGAUUUCGUCAGCUAUUUAUACGACGAUAAAUAUCCUCGUAAUCAAUUAAAGUCAGAACGUGAUAGUAAUAAACAGCAUUCGUACUUAUUACCUCAUGAAGUAAAAUCAAAAUCACAAAAUUUACGUGGUGAUUUAACCUACUACCAAAUAGAUUCACCUGGUAAACACGAUACACGUCACAACAAAUGUCAUCGAUCGGAUGAUAAAAAUAUUUCGUACGAAACACCCGCCACGACAAUAGUCACUGAUGAAAAUAAUAAAAAAGAUGGUAAAGAUAAUAACAAACGUGAUAAAGUUGGAAAGCACACUCACGUUAACAAAUCUGAUUCAAAGAUUAAUGGACCACUGUCAAUAAAUCAACAAUUUAUUAAAUCAACAACCAAUGAGUCGGAUGAUGAGUGUCAUCUCAGUCAUAUUGGACAAAUAUCAUCGAAUCAACAUCAUCAACAACAAUUUCAAGUUUCAUACAAGUAUCGUCAAUUAGAUAGACCGCCCAAAUACCAAGAAUAUCCUCCUCGGGAUUCAUUAAGGUGUGAACAACCUGCACCUAGAUAUUAUCAAGAUCCUCCUAAAUAUUCUGAUGUUAUAAGAAAAGAUGACUUGAAAAAAAUUCCCGAAGAGAAGGGACGACGGCAAGUGGGGAUACGUAGCGGGAGUGUUGGCGAGACGCCUGUUAAUCUAGUCAGUAUCACGCCAACUACGCGAGAAGUAACACGUGGUGCCAUGACACGUCAUCGACAAACAAAUAAACAACAACAAAUAGAUGACUCUAAUCAAGUAACAACUGAUAAUUCAAAAGAGCCAACCACUCAACAUAAUUUUACAGAACAAACAACAGCACCACCGGGAUUAACAACAACAACGACAAAUAGUAGUAGUGGUACUAUGACAACUACUACUAUCACAAACACCACCACCACCACCAGCAAAACCGAUCAAUCUUGUCGUAAUAAUUUUAAUGGGGGUAUUAUCCUGGGUGUUAAUGUCAGUGGAGUUAUUUGUCCCGAUAUACUUGAAAAAAAAUAUGACAGAGUUAAAUUAAUUGGCGGAGCAUCAGGAGGCAGUAAUAUUGGAGUUAAUAGUAGUAAUAAUAAUAAUAAUAAAACAACAAUUACAAUGAUUAAUAAUAAAAAUGAUAAAGUCAAAAGUGAUAGCAAUAAUGAUAAAAUACGAGGGGGCAAUAAUCGUGAUUCAAUCCUCCAUAAACAUGAAAAAGAUUGUAUUAAAAAGACGAAUCAUGAUGGGCACGUGGUUGGUUAUAAAGCAGACAAUAUCAAGUAUUACGGUGAGCUUAAGGGAUUUAAGUCUUAUGGUGUUAUCGAUAAACCAGCUGGGAUACAUGAUAAGACACAUCAAUAUGCAGUCCCUGAAAAAGUAGUAUAUCCAAUAAAUAAUUUUCCUAUUGGAGGAGUAACUAAUCAUGAUAAAACCCAUUCUAAAUCAUCAAUACUUAAUUAUACAUCAAAGUUAACCGAUAAAAGUGUUGUACAAUGUGAUAAUAAUGUUAACAAGUACAGUGAUCAAAAUUAUUAUUACUACAAUAAUAAUCAUCAUCAUCAUCAUCAUCAUUACAGUAGUAGUAAUAGUAAUCGUUAUAAUUAUCAAAAAUCAAAUUGUCUUUUGCCGUUAUUUCAAGAAACAAAAUAUGCAUAUACUGUCAGUGGUGCUCCUGGUACACCCGCUCAAGCAAGUGCUGCUGCUGCAUUUUUUGCUAGAGCUGCACAAAAAUGGAAUUUAUCGUCGAGUCCGCACAGACGACGACGAUCAGGGGAUGAUAGUAUUGGACCCGAUGAACAUCCUAUAUUUCCAAAUGGCUACGCUGCUAUUCUUAACAAGUCACCACCACCAGCACCACCAGCUUUUUUACGACGAAUUGGGGUUAAAGAACUCACUGGUGUCGGCAAGGUAAAAGUAAUGCUGAGAAUAUCAUCCGGUGAAGGUGGUAGUUUUUUUACGGCUGACAAACGUAAAAAACAAAUAACAAUUAUUGAUCCAACGUCAGGACAAUCAGCAACGACUGAAUCAGACAGAAGGCCAACUGUUGCUGCUCCAAAGAUGUUUGCAUUCGACGCUAUUUUUACAGAAGAAGAUUCACAGAUAGAAAUAUGUUCAAGCGCGUUAACUGAUGUUAUUCAUGCUGUCAUUAAUGGUACAGACGGGUGCUUAUUUUGUUUUGGUCACGCCGGUUUAGGUAAAUCACACACAAUGCUCGGUACUCCUGAAGCUGGACAUACACUAGGUGCUAUUCCAUGUGCAAUAACGUGGUUAUUUCGUGGUAUAUCUGAGCAGCGACAAAGAACUGGAGCGAGAUUUAGUGUACGAGUAAGUUGCGUUGAAUUAACAACUGGACAACAUCAAUUAAAAGACUUGUUAGCUGCAUACGCAAAUGAUUCAGAACAAUCACCGGCGGUUUAUCUACGUGAUGAUCCACUGUUUGGAACACUGCAGCUUCAGCAGCACAGUGAACUUCGUGCUCCUACUGCUGAGCGUGCGGCAUUUUACUUGGACGCAGCAGUUGCUGGCCGUCAGUAUGAAGAUAGCAAUGCUCAUAUGCUCUAUACGCUUCAUGUUUAUCAAUACAGUGUUGCUGGUAAAGGUGGAGUUGCUGGUGGGCGUAGCAGACUUCAUUUAAUGGAUCUUGGUAAUUCAGAUCGUGGUAAAUCUGCUGGCGGUAUACCCUUGUCUGGUCUUGGAAAUAUAUUAUUAGCAAUAUUUAAUGGUCAAAAGCAUUUACCCUAUAAAGAACAUAAAUUAACCCAAUUAUUAAAAGAAUGCCUGGGUUCACUGACAUGCCAUGCAGCAAUGAUUGCUCAUGUAUCACCAAAUGCCCAACAUUAUACGGAUACCCUAACAACUGUACAAUUAGCCUCACGUAUACACAGAAUGCGCCGACGUAAAAUAAAAUUUGUAUCUGGUGGUACACAAGGAAAUGGUCACAGCAGUGGAAGUUCCGGUGAGGAAGCCGCACGACAAAAUACUGAGUGUGAUCCAAGCUCAAGUGAUUUAUCAGCAGACACUGUUAUUUAUGUUGGUCCAUCUGCUGAAGACGCAACUGAUGGAGAGCAUCCACCUGUUUAUAUUCCAAGUCUUAAUUCUGGUGAUCAAAGAUGUGCUAUGGGACGAAUUUUACGCGGUUCUGCUGCUGAAAGACCUUUAAAUAGUAAAUUUAUUGAUGAUCAACAUAGUCCAGUACACAAUAAUAAAACAAUUACUACAACAACUGCAACUGCAACUGCAACAACAACAACAACAACAACAACAACACUAUUAACAACAACGACGACAACAACUAAUGCAACGGCAGUAACACAAACGACAGCGUCAAUGGCACCAAUAAAAUCAUCUGUAAAAACAUUAACUCAAACGGCGUCUAAACAAACAUCGCCAGCUCACAGUAUUACACCAAAAUCAAGUCCAGCCCGUAAAAUUAAUACUAAAUCUUCCAUUAAUAAAUUAACAGACUCCCCAACAAAUAGUAAAAUACCAAUCUCUAGUAGUAAUAAUGCAAGUGGAAAUAAUGUUAUUAUUAUUGGAGCGUCUGACGAACAGUGGAUUGAUGGACCAAGAAUAUCUAAAUCAAAAGUUGCUGAAGCAAGACAUUUAUUUAAAGAUACUCAUCAUAAAAGAGAAACAUGGAUUGAUGGUCCUUUACAGCCAUUACUUAAUCAGCAGCAACAGCAGCAGCAGCAGCAGCAGCAGCAGCAGCAGCAACUACAACUACAACAACAAUCGUCACAGCAUACUGGAUACGGUUUUAUGGAUAAUCAUAAAAAAAUAAUGAUAAGAAAGUGGGUAGAAAAUCAGUCAUCACAAAUCCAACGGGCCAAGCACACGUCAUCGAGAUCGGAAUCUAAAUUAGGUCAAUCUUGUGGAAGCGGUGUCACUGGUGGUGUUGGUAUUUUUAAAGAUGUCACAAGUAGUGGUAGUGGUGGGGGCUCGGCGGGAUUUAAAAUGUCGUCUGAUGAUAAUGAGGAUGAUACGUCAUUAAGUACUGUGGGCAGCGAUAGUUUAAGAACAACUGAUGCUGAUGAUACCAUUGAUAAGAUUCGUUCUACUGGGGGUAAUAAAUUAUUAAAUUUAAUAAAUAAUAUAAAGUCAAAUACUGACUCUGGUUUAGAUUUAACAACUAGUCCUGUUAUUGAUGAUAGUAGUGAUAAUAAAAAUAAUGAUAUAAAUGAUGAUGAUGAUGAUGAUGUUAAUAUUGUAGAUAUUGAUGAUGAUGAUGAUGAUAAUGAAGAGGAAGAUGAAAUAAUUGUACCUCCACCGUUAAAAUUAAUUGAACCACUGAGUAAUGGUGUUAGUCGCGAAGUUUCAAUGGAGAGUCUUAAUUUAUCUCAUAAAGAUAUGGUAUUACCUUCGAGACAUUCACUGUCGUCGGAAGAUGAAAUUUUAGAGAUUAUUGAAGUUGAGGAUUUAGAACCAGUACCAAUGCAAGACUCGUGUUUGCAAGUUACCGAAGAAGAUAUAGCACUUUGUAUGGGUGAAAAUCCUUUGCCUGAAAGCGAUCAAGAGGAACAUCCGUUAAGGAUUUUGAGUCAAGAAAACUUGACAAUUGUCUCUACAUUCACCGAUUCAAUGUCCGUAAUGUCAGACAGCGAACGUUACAAACCGCAAUUUUCAUCAUCAGUUGGUACAGGUGUCUUACCGCGACCUUACUUUGACCAUGAAGACUUUCUUGAACAGGAAACUCGACACAAGUUUGAUCAAUUAGCUCGACUUCAUGAACUAUAUCAAAGUAAACUUGCUUUGGCCAAUGUAUCAAAUUCAGUGACUUAUCAGAGAGAAAACUCAUCUGUUGUCAGUGUCCAUGAUGUUCCAGCAAAUGUCUUCCGUCCACCAUCACGUUGUCAAUCUUUAUCGCUAUCUGAUGUUAUGUUUAAUGACAAUUCAAGUAACCAUGGAAGUAUAUACAGUGAGCCAGCGUAUAUACCUGGGAAUAACGAUGAAGAAAAAAUAUGUGAUAAUUGUCGACAAAGUAUGUCACGACCAGCAACAGCGUCUUAUUGGUACCCAACAAUUCAAGGAGGAGCAGGAUCUUCGCUAACUAAAAAUCAACAAGCAAUGUCUUCAGCGACUGGAAUGAGAAUGGGAAUGGGAAUAAGAAUGGGAAAAGGUGGUGGAGGAGGAUCAUCAUCAUCAGCAUUGCCAUUAUCAUCAGGUGGUGGUAAUGGUGGUGCAGUAUCGCAAAUUCCUAGCAGUAGUUUAUCACAUUUAGCAAGUCCAAAACGUUAUUGCGGUAAAUUUAGUGAUUGUAAUAUAUCUAGUCUACGACAUCCGGAUGGUGCGUCAAAUCCAAAUCUUAAAGAGGAAAUUGAAAGAAUACCGGGCAAUGGUGCUUCGGGGUCAGAUCCUGAAGAAGAAUAUAUUGAGGCUAAAAAAUUAUUCAACACUGCUGUUCAUGAAAGAUCUGAAAGAAGCGAAAGAACUGAAAGAACUGAAAGAACUGAAAGAACUGUCACUGGCAAAUCGGAUAUUGAGGAGGAAAUUAUACUUCCAGUAACUGUACCGUUAGAAUUAUCAAUUCCGUCCUCACUACCGUCCUCAGGUCGUAUGCAACGUAAAAUAUUAAGCCUCGGUUCAUCACUCGGAUUAAAUCGCGAGAGUUAUGAUUCUGGUGCUGAUUCUACGCCACGUGCUGCUAAACUUUCUCCAGCUACUUUGUCAAGGUAUCGCGCUGAAAGUUCCGGUUAUGAUAGCGUAGUCAGAGACAGCGAAAUUAGCAGCAUUGCCAGUGAUUCAUCAAGGCAAACUAGUGCACUCCAAGAGCAUCAAGCGGUGGGACAACCGGGAGCCGAGUACGUGCAACACGUUCAACAUCAGCAGCAGUGGCAGCAGCAGCAUCAGAGGCAAACAAUCCUACCCGUGGUAGUACUCGAUUACACAGACGAGGACGUGGAAAUAAUGGAACGGAGAGGUCUAAUUCGCUCGGAUCCACGUGGCACAAUGUACAAGAUAAACAACCUACGUCUGCGCCAACGGCUUCUUAAAAUUGAGUUACGUGACGCUAAAAGACGACUAAUGAUACCCGAUAGUCGAUGGACUUAUGAUUUACACGUAGAAAAUAGUAUGGAUUGGCGUAAUUCAUCAUUUAUCGAAGCACUUGAAGCUGAAACAGUGAUACUACAAAAACGUGUCGAUGCUUGCAAAAGUCAUGUUUUACUUGUUACAUGUUUUGACUCUUAUAAUACUAAAACUAGUACUUAUAAUAAUAAUAAUAAUAAUAAUAAUAAUAAUAAUAAUAUUAUUAGUAGUGAUAGCAAUAGUAAUAAUAAUAACCGGCCAAUAAGAGACAGGCCCAGUGAGACAAUAUUGCCAAAUAUUGGGAUCUCUUAACAUAGACUGAGAUCAGUACAACAGUCUUCUGUGUACUGAUCAUCAAUCAUUUUUUAUUUUAUUUAUUAGUAAAUUUUUGAUAAAAUAAAUUUUUUUUUUCCAUAGUUACCAAGUAACAGACUGACGAGUUUAUUUCUUCUUUUUUAUCAAACCAAAUAAUGUAUAAUUAUUUAUUAUUUUUUUUUAUUACGCACAAUAUACUCUCGAAUGUGUAACAUUUUUUGAUAAACUUUUAAAUGUAAAUUGUAAUUAUAAAAAUCAGUAAUGAUGACCAAAGUCAAUUUGUUUUAAUAAAAAUUGUGUCAAAUUAAUGAGCUUCAUUGAAUAUGAACUUUUAUAAUCCGAUUAUUAAAGACUGAUAAUAAUCUGGUGUCUUAAUGAUCAACACCGAUAAACUGAAAUCGGUUAUUAAAUUUGUUUAUUGUAGUUAAUUGUAAUUCGGACAAAUUCCGGCUAACUUGCCAAACCGAUAAAAAAAAUAUGUAAAUUUACAUAAUAAUUUAUAAACGCUGGUACAUAAAAAAAAAUGUAUUGUAGCUUUUAUUGUUAAUCAUAAUUAUCGCACAUAGUAGAUUUUUGAUUGUAAACAUGCAACAAAACUUUUAAAUAUACAAAUAUAUCAAUUAUGGAAAUUUAAAUUGUCAAACAAUUUAAAGAAAAAAAA